AAUGCUGCUGAGACUGCAUGAGGAAGGUGAGGGUGGAAACCACCCGCCUCCUGAACGAGGAGCUGGAGGAAAUCCUCCUUCGUUUCUUUCUUUCAUUCAUUCAUUCGGAGAAAGGCUACAGGCGAUACUGCCGUCGAAGCUGGAGCUAGAUGAGAGUGCUUCUUCCUUGCCCCCACUGCUGCUGUAUUCCGGAGUGAGCGAGCGAGCGGACGCGCGCAAAUCACGGAGAUGAGUAGUGUGAGUAAAUGCUUCAUACCCGGCGAGACACCUAUGACCUACUUGGACUGCCUUGAAUCUGCUUUGGAAGAAUUUGUUUUUCUUAAGUACCUUCUAUAUGUGGUUAUCAGUUUAGUAGUGCUGAUGAUGAUCUUCCUAGUAAUUUUUGUAAUUCCUUUAUGCCUGAUCUUCUUUAUCUACCUCUCCGCUUUAUUCCUCCUGAUUUAUCAGAGGACUCAUAAUCUAAAAGAACCUUAUUCCAGUAAUACGUGGGAUGCUGCACGAUUAAUUCUAACAACCCUGUGGGAUAGAUUUGCAAGAUUUUGGCAUGGUUAUGAACUACAUGGAAUAGAAAACCUACCCAAUGGACCAGGUUUAAUUAUUUAUUACCAUGGAGCAAUUCCUAUAGACUACAUGUACUUCUUAGCUAGAUUUUAUAUCCUGAAACGGCAGUGUUGUUACUCAAUAGCUGAUGACUUUAUAUUCAAAUUACCAGGCCUUAAAAUGUUAGCAGCUGUGAUGUGUGUAAAGCAUAAAACGAGGGAAGAAUGCUUAACUGCUCUGAAAAAUGGCCAUCUACUUGGAAUUUCACCAGGGGGAGUGCGAGAAGCAUGCUUUAGUGAUGAAUCCUACAAACUUGUAUGGCAUAAACGUAAGGGUUUUGCUGAAGUGGCUAUAGAUGCUAAAGUGCCCAUCAUUCCAAUGUAUACUCAAAAUACACGGGAAGGAUUUAGGGUCUUUGGAAAUACAAAACUAACUAGAUGGCUAUAUGAACGUUUUCGAAUGUCAGCCCUUCCUCCAUAUGGCGGAUUUCCUGUCAAAUUUCGUACAUAUAUUGGAAAACCCAUUCCUUAUGAUCCCAAUAUAACUGCUGUGGAAUUAGCUGAAAAGACAAAGACUGCACUCCAAUCAUUAAUUGAAAUGCAUCAGCAAAUUCCUGGAAGCAUCUAUAAUGCUUUAAAAGAAAGACUUCACAAAGAAAAGAAAGAAGAUUAGAACAGGAGCCUCCAACCUUACAAAGAAGAUGAGCCUUUUUGUUUUUGUCUUUUACCACAAUAUUUUGAGUGCCACAUCGUGUGUGUGUGUGUGUGUAUAAUGCAAAUGCACAUGUGCAUGCGCGUGCACACACAGACACACCUGUGACAGUAAUUGUGACUGACAUAACAGAAAGAAAAAUGUUGGUGAAUCAAAUGCAGCCCUCUUAGCCCCUUCUAUUCUGUCUGUUACUCAUUACCAAAACAAUUUAAGAACUAUAUAUACAUGUUGUUGCUAUUUUUCUAUUGCUAUUUUUUAAUUAUUAUUUUGCUAUUUUUCUAUUCCGACACCUUCUAGUGCAGCUUCUGCAAGAAGUUUAGAGAACUUCUUGAUAUUUGAUGAAUGCACUGUGAUUUUCAUUUCAAUCUAUCAAUUUUAUUACAGCCAUAGGCCAUACAAAAGACAUAAAAAAGGAUUAAAACAAAAUAUUAUAGUAAAAAUAGUAAACAUAUUAUAGUAUUACAGUACAUAGUAAACAUAAUAAAACAGAAUAUGUUUCCAGGUAUGACACGAGACUCACA